CAUCAUCAACGGUGAAGCAAGCGUUCAAUGUGGUUCUGGUGUCAGGGCUCCCACCUGAGACUCUGUGAAACCAGCCAGCUGGGUGAUUGCUCAGAGAGAGUGAAGGAGGCGUUACCAGGUCCCUGCAGAGGUGUGAGGCCUGGGACUUCCACUCUGGCUCCACUGUCUGGGGCUGGGAGAAGAUCCCCUGCAGCCCAGUGUGGAUCCAUCUGUUAUACACAGGACACAACCAAUCCAGUUUGUGGUGAGCCCUGGUGGUUGGAGGAUUUGGAAAUGACCCGCCAUUGGCCCUGGGAGGUGAGCCUCCGGAUAGAAAAUGAGCACGUAUGUGGAGGGGCCCUCAUUGACCCCAGCUGGGUGGUGACUGCGGCCCACUGCAUCCAAGGCACCAAAGAGUAUUCAGUGGUGCUUGGCACCUCCAAGCUGCAGCCCAUGAACUUCAGCAGGGCCCUCCAGGUCCCUGUGAGGGACAUCAUUAUGCACCCCAAGUACUGGGGCCGGACCUUCAUCAUGGGUGACGUUGCCCUUGUCCACCUUCAAGCACCUGUCACCUUCAGUGAGUAUGUGCAGCCCAUCUGCCUCCCGGAACCCAACUUCAACCUGAAGGUUGGGACACAGUGUUGGGUGACUGGCUGGAGCCAGGUUAAGCAGCGCUUUUCAGCCAACUCCACGCUGACCCCAGAGCUGCAGGAGGCUGAGGUGUUUAUCAUGGACAACAAGAGGUGUGACCAGCAUUACCACAAGAAGUCCUUCUUUCCCCCAGUUGUCCCCCUUGUCCUGGGGGACAUGAUCUGUGCCACCAAUUAUGGAGAAAACUUGUGCUAUGGGGAUUCUGGAGGGCCAUUGGCUUGUGAAGUUGAGGGCAGAUGGAUUCUGGCUGGGGUGUUGUCCUGGGAAAAGGCCUGCGCCAAGGCACAGAAUCCAGGCGUGUACACCCGCGUCACCAAAUACACAAAAUGGAUCAAGAAGCAAAUGAGCAAUGGAGCCUUCUCAGGUCCCUGCGCCUCUGCCUGCCUCCUGUUCCUGUGCUGGCUGCUGCAGCCCCAGAUGGGCUCCUGACCUCCCUACCCCUUCCUCCUCCUGCCUUGCCUUUGCUGAAUGGGGCCAGAUGGAGGUUUGACCAAGGUCAUGUGUCCAUCUUCAACAAGAGCCAGGGUGGGGAAGAGUAACCCCUGGGAGAAUGGGUCUGGCUUUGGCAUCCUGGUGAGAAGUGUGGUGGAUGACUAGGCCUUGGGUGAGCAGGAGAAGGGAAGUGCAGCCUGGAAGGAUUCUGGAAUCUGGGACCAGGAGAGCAGGGAUUAAACAUGUGUAAACUUGA